GGCUGUUGAGGGGAACGUCGGCUGGCUGGUUAAGAUGGCGGCCGCGGGGAGCGGGGAUGAAGAGCGCAGCCUGCGAGAGUGCGAGCAGUAUGUCCACAAACACAACAUCCAGCAGGUCCUCAAGGACUGCAUCGUGCAACUCUGUAUCGCCAGGCCCGAAAAGCCCAUCACCUACCUCAGGGAAUACUUCGAGAAACUCGAGAAAGAGGAGGCCAAACAGAUGCACAAUCAGCAGAAAUCGGGUUCUCGAUCUGACUCGCGUGAGGAUGAAAUCUCUCCCCCGCCACCCAUGAAUCCAGUAAUGAAGGAGCGAGGACGCCGCGGGGCAAUUAGUGCUGAAGUUUACACAGAGGAAGAUGCAGCAUCAUACGUAAGAAAGGUAAUUACUAAGGAUUACAAGACUAUGGCUGCCCUGGCUAAAGCCAUUGAAAAGAAUGUGCUAUUCUCUCAUUUGGAUGACAAUGAAAGAAGUGAUAUUUUUGAUGCAAUGUUUCCUGUCACAUACAUUGCUGGUGAAACAGUCAUACAACAAGGCGAUGAAGGAGAUAAUUUCUAUGUUAUUGAUCAAGGAGAAAUGGAUGUUUAUGUUAACAAUGAAUGGGUGACUAGCAUUGGAGAGGGUGGCAGUUUUGGAGAACUUGCAUUGAUUUAUGGAACCCCAAGAGCUGCAACUGUCAGAGCAAAGACCAAUGUAAAACUAUGGGGUAUUGAUCGAGACAGCUAUAGGAGAAUCUUGAUGGGAAGCACACUGAGAAAAAGAAAGAUGUAUGAAGAGUUCCUCAGUAAGGUCUCCAUAUUAGAGUCACUGGAUAAAUGGGAACGGUUGACUGUGGCUGAUGCAUUGGAACCGGUGCAGUUUGAAGAUGGACAGAAGAUUGUGGUGCAAGGAGAACCUGGCGAUGAAUUUUUCAUUAUUUUAGAGGGUACAGCAGCUGUGUUGCAGCGCAGGUCGGAAAAUGAAGAGUUCAUAGAAGUUGGAAGAUUGGGGCCAUCAGAUUAUUUUGGUGAAAUAGCUCUUCUGAUGAACCGUCCUCGUGCUGCCACAGUGGUAGCACGUGGUCCAUUGAAGUGUGUGAAAUUGGACAGACCGCGAUUUGAACGUGUCCUGGGUCCUUGUUCAGACAUACUUAAACGGAAUAUCCAGCAGUACAACAGCUUUGUAUCGCUGUCUGUCUGAAAUCCUCUUUUUCUCUGCUGCAGCAUCCGCCCGAGCAAACUGCCUCAUGUCUGUCUGAAGUGCCGCUUCCUGUGGCAGACCACCACCAGUCCCACAGCUUCCUGUCCAUCAGAGAAAGCAUUCCCUUUGUAGAAUUUAAUGCCACAUUUGUUUUCUUUUUCACACUGCACCAGCUUCCAACAGUCAAUCCAGCUUUAUUGUAUUUUUAUUUUGCUUGGUCAAAAUUUUUUUGUUUAUUGAAUUUAAAACUCUGCUGCUUUAACUAAAUAGUAUGAUUAAUACCCAGGUGAUCAGCUUUGGUUACGAGCAGAGGAUCUUUGAACCCUUUAGCUUGCUCUGUUUCAAAAUGUUGUAGUGCAUUUAUGUCUUGAAUCAUGUGAAUGUGUGGAAAUUGAACAUCUUGGGUUUAGGCUUGGGUGAGCAGCUUUAAAUUUGAAUUCUUUUUAAACCCUUGGUGUGCAAAUUACCACAAAACAUGCCUCAUAUGGAUAGGACUGAUAAAGUUUAAAUAUGCAUUGGGAAAGCAGCAUUUUCUGUUUGCACCUGGCAUUUACUUGAGGGAGGAAAAUGACUAAAUUCAGAUCUUUUGGACUUGAAGACAACAAAUAGUUGAGCUGUGAGACGAGUAUCCCCAUUUUAAUAUUUUGAAAAUAAUUUGAAAAGCUAUUUAGUUUGAAUUUUUUUUAUUAUUUUACGCCUUGCUUAGUCUUUGCAAUUUUGUGAAAUUAAUAUAUACUCCAUUCACACAUGAGGUUAAACUUAGACCAUUUAAAAAAAAUCCCUCUUAAUUUUGAUCUCAUUUAGUAGUUCUGUGCAGUGCGUGAAUCAGCCAGAUAGUUGCAUGAGAAAGAUUAGUUAUAUACACUAUUUAUGAUUUAUGCAUAUCAAGUUACUACAAAUAAUUAAGCAUCAUUAAAAUUUGCUGAUGUUCUAGUCUGAAGGGUUUUGUUCACAGGUUGGCAUUUUUCUGUAUUGAUCUAACCUUGUGGUUGCAGGAUCUGCUGAAUCGCAGUCAUAGAGAUUUGAACACCUGAUAUUUUAUGCAAUAAGCAAGUUCUAAGCUCAUAUCAGAAUAUUUUAUUGUGAACUAGGAAUUAGUGGAGCUCAUUUUUUAUUAGUCUCCCUCCUGGAAUUGUGGGUGAAUAAUUUGUAGCCAGAAAAUUCCUAGUUCGAGAUGUGCUGAUUGAGUUUGUUUUUUGGUACUUUGUCUAUUCUGAUGGAGAGAUGCAGUCAUUUCAUCUCCAAUAACAAAGAGUAAAAUGGCCAUUCUUCCUGUGAGCUGUGUUUUCUGGUGGCCAUUGUGGAGUUAUAUUGGCUUAAGCCGAGGAAAAUUCUACAGCCUAAAUUGAGUACAGAUCUAUGGUAUUGAAAGCUGUAGGGAGGAAUAAAAAGAACCAGGUAUUUUAGUUUUUUUUUCUACUCUAGACGACAAAUAAAAUAACUUAGUUCCAAAGAUGUGUUUAAAUUCAAGGACAUUAGGUGAAAUACUUGAAUUAUGCCCUUUCUGUUAAUGUGGGAUAGUUGAUUUUGAAUGUCUGUUACUAUUUUCUGAUAGAAUUGGAAAAUCAUUUUCAGUUAAAUUAAUCAGUGAUAGUAGUAGGGCUUACAAAGAAUCCAUAUCUACAAAAAGAUAUUGUAUUGACACAAUACUAUUUUUUGCCAAAUACCCUUUUCUCCCUCUCCCAAAUCAUUUACAUAAGUAACCCCAAUGGUGAAGCUGAGUUAUAGUUACCAUGUCAAGGUAAUGUAUGGAUUUAUUCCCUAGCCAUGUGUUAGAAGCUUUCAAUCUGUUGCUGAGGCAGAGCUAGAGAAGGGGUUGCAAAAUAAAACCUUGUCUAUGAACCAUAUAUAAUUUCAUUCCAAGGACAAAAAAGUAAACAUUCCUUUUAGUAACAAACCAGCGCCAUCACUGGUACUGAUGCAGAUACUCCAUGCACUAGUACUUGACCAGCACAUGACUGUGGGGGGGCGGGGGGAAGCUGGCAUCACUAAAUCUAUUGCAAUCCUGGCCCAGCUUGUAAUAUACGUUGUGUCUUGGUUCUCUAAUAGUAUUGGACAUGAAUAGGUAUUAACUAACUGCCCUGCAUUAGACUAGAUGAUGCAAUAUGAUAACUAUUUAAAUAGCUGAUAAUUAAGUUGGUGCAGUGCUGUUGAGCCCCUAUUAUUUUGCAAUUAAUCAUAGCUGCACUUUCCUACAGCUCUCAGUAGCUGGCGCUGCUGUUCCAUUGUUGGCAUACAUCAGAGCUCAGCCAGUAUUAUGCAAAUGUAUACCCGGACACUGUAGUAAAGACAGAAACCAAAAAAAACUGGAUAAUCCCAACUAGCCAAUAUAUUGGCAUUCUGAAGUGUACUACAACAGCUUUGUCAUAAGGCAUGAAGUGCAUUUUAUUUUGAGGCUUCAAAGAAAAAGAAAGGCGGAAGCUUUGCUGAGUCUUAAUAACCUUUCAGUAUUGCACAGCUUUGUGUUAAAUAUGCAUCCUUUACAUACACACUUUACUAAUUCCACAUAGCAGUAAUUAGAUGAAAUUAUAUUCAUUAUUCUAUAUAGAAUGACUUGGGCUAGGAUUGUAUGGCAAGCCAAAACUAAAUUGUUUGUGAUGUAGGGUUGGGCAUAGGAUACCAGAUAGAUUGUCUGCUAAUAAACUAGAUUUAUAAUGUACUAAAUAUUGCUUUGCCUGAUGAAAACUUGGAAAACCAUUUCAGCUGCCUUUUUAUUUAGCACACAAUACAAACUUUCUUAUGAUACUUGCAGUUUUUUUUGUGUCAAUGCACUUCCCUGUGUAGGUUGAAGAAAGUGCUGGCGUAAAAAUCCAUGACGAAGCUCAGCACUGAAAGUGUAACACUUUCAUGUGGGAAGUGGAGAUGUUAAUUUAAACUUGUUUUUGAUUUGGCAUCAACUGUUUAUUGGGUAACCAUGGUAGCACUAUCAUGGAGCACCAUGUCCAGAUCUUGCAUCUGCUUUCUUCAUUUGCAGCCUUUGGUUUGUGGUGUUUAAUGUCUGCUUACUGUUGAACUGCAGUAUACUCUUCAUAACUAGAGCCAAUUUCCGUUUCAUCAGUGUAAACAUCUUGGAAAUUAAGUUGCGACCAAGCUUAAGUUUUAUUUCUGGGAUGGACAAAAUUAAGCUGGUUUGCUGCUGGAAAGUGUCCUCUCCAGAUACACCAGUCUGUUGGAGAAAUGAACUCUAGUAUUUAUUGGUAAUUGGACAGAUUGUUAGAAAAUCAUUCCAGGAUAUAGUUUACCAGUACCCAAAAUUACUUGUACGAAUGUUAAUCUAGUAUUCCAGUAAUAAACAUUGAUUUUUUUUUAGACCAUUCGCAUAUUUUGGUAAAAACCUGACAGCCCUGGCAACUAACAGAUUGGCUUUGGCUUGUUGCACGUCCUUAAAGUUUUUAUUUACCUAAGUGAUUUUAUUACAAAGCAGCUGAUAUAAAGUUUAUUGAAUAAUCUGAUACAGUUGAAGCUUUAUCUUAUGUGUGCAAUCAGAACUGUAUGUACAAAUGAUCACAGUUUGAUGUAGUUUGCCUUAGCUAUCUUAUGGGAAUUAGACAUUCUCAGCAUCUUACCGACAAAAUAAAAUUGCAAAGUGAAAAUAGUGUGAUAAUAUGUAGAUUAUCUAAGGACCAUUUUUGUAUUGUUCCCAGAUUUACUGUAUGUGCUAAAAAAAAUAAUCCUUUUGUUAUAGUGUCCUAAUGACAGGUCAAGCAAUAAAAAUUAAUUCUUAAAAAGAAAACUGUUUCC